CAGGCACAACAAACCCUCCCGGCCUAUUUCCAACCCUAGUUAGCUCCCUCUCAUUAUUUUAUUUAUUUUUUUGUCAAAAACAAAAAAAAAUCUUGGAGGACUUCCAUAUUUGUGUUGUUGUCCUCAUCAGCCCUGAUGAAAAAGGACAAAAGAUUGAAAUUUGUUGAACCACUUGAGAGAAAAUGAGAAGAAGACAGGACAAGCAAACCAAAUGCUAAUAAUAUGCAAGCAAUCAGCCCAUCUAACAGACACGAUAAAACAUUGCAAAACCAUCAAACAAGUCCAUCAAGUUCAUGCCCAAGUCAUCACCAGAGGCCUCCUCUCUCUCUUCCCCACUUCCUCUCUCCUCCUAACCACCCUCCUCCAUUCCUUCACCUCCCUCCUCCCUCCACCACCACCACCCUCCUCCUCCCUGCACCAUCCUCUCUCCCUUCACUACGCCACCACCAUUUUCAACAUCAUCAGAAACCCUUCAACUUUCUGCUUCAACACCAUCAUUCGCGCCCACACCCUCCUCUCCUUCCCACUCAAUGCCCUCCUCUUCUUCACCCAAAUGCGCCGCCUCUCUCUCCCUCCUGACGCCCACACCUUCCCAUUUGCUCUCAAAGCUUGUGCGCAGCUCCGAUCGCUUUCAGUCACUUGUGCCUUUCAUUGUCAAUCUUUCAAGUUUGGGUUUUCGGCUGAUGUUUUUGUUGUCAACUGCCUUAUUCGAGCGUAUUCAGUAAUGGGUUGCAUUCAUGAUGCGUAUCAGGUGUUUGAUGAAAGUUCUUACAGAGAUGUUGUUUCGUAUAAUGCGUUGAUUGAUGGGUUUGUUAAGACUGGUGAGACUGAGCGUGCACGUGAACUGUUUGAAGAAAUGCCAAUGAGAGAUUCGGUGUCGUGGGGUACAAUUCUAGCUGGGUAUGCGAAAAUGAACCAAUUCAAGGAAGCCAUUGAACUCUUUGAUCAGAUGGUUGGUUUAGAGAUUUGUCCUGAUAAUAUUGCAUUGGUUUCGGCUCUCUCAGCUUGUGCACAGCUGGGGGAGCUAGAAAAAGGAAAGACUAUACAUAAUUUUAUUGAACAAAAGGGAAUCAAGAAAGACGCGUUUUUGUCUACUGGCUUGGUGGAUUUGUACGCGAAAUGCGGGUGCAUUGAAACCGCCAUGGAAAUCUUUGAAUCGAGCCAUGAAAAGGCCUUGUUUACAUGGAAUGCAAUGCUUACUGGGCUCGCUAUGCACGGUCACUGCCAGCUUUUGCUUGAUUACUUCUCCAGAAUGGUGAAGAACGCAGUACAGCCAGAUGGGGUGACCUUCUUGGCAGUGUUGGUGGGUUGUAGCCACGCGGGCCUCAUUGAUGAAGCCAGGCUUCUUUUUGAAGAGAUGGAAGGUAUCUAUGGUGUCCCACGAGAGCUCAAGCACUAUGGGUGCAUGGUAGACUUGCUUGGACGAGCUGGUUUGAUCAGAGAAGCGAUGAAGAUGAUAGAGGACAUGCCAAUGGGGGGUGACUUGUUUGUGUGGGGUGGAUUGCUCGGUGGAUGUAGGAUACAUGGGGAUGUUGAAAUUGCGGAGGAAGCAGCGGAGCGUGUGAUGGAGAUAAGCCCUAAAGAUGGUGGAGUCUAUUCGAUCUUGGCGAAUAUUUAUGCGAAUGCGGAGCGAUGGGAUGACUUGGGGAAGAUGAGGAGAUUGAGGGAUUGUAUGACAGUGAAGAAAAAUGCUGGUUGUAGUUUGAUUCAAUUGGAUGGGGUUAUACAUGAGUUUGUUGCAGGGGAUAGCUUGCAUCCUCGAACUGAGGAGAUAUAUUUGGCUUUAAAUGGUAUUGGUCAACAUCAAUUGGAAGCACUUUAGGACAUUUUUGAAUAUAUAUGUUAUUACUUUUAAUUGCAUCAUCCCUAAUUGGACAUGAUUAAGAAGAAAUAACUUAAGAACAAUAUUACAUCCACUUAUUUUUACUCACAAUCUUACUAAAAACAAUAUAUGUUCAAUCAUCAUUGGAAGUUUAAAUUCUAUUGUUUUUUUGACAACCAACCACAUUUGAUC